CUUUAGAGAAGUGUCUAUUCAUGUUUUCUGCCCAUUUCUUCACUGGGUUAUUUGUUUUUCGGGUGUGGAGUUUGGUGAGCUCUUUAUACAUUUUGGAUACUAGCCCUUUGUCCGAUAUGUCAUUUGCAAAUAUCUUUUCCCAUUCCGUUGGUUGCCUUUUAGUUUUGUUGAUUGUUUCCUUUGCUGUGCAGAAGCUUUUUAUCUUCAUAAGGUCCCAGUAGUUCAUUUUUGCUUUUAAUUCCAAAGGGGAUUUUUUAAGAAGGAUAAAAAUGACCUCUGUGAAGCUCAGAAGGCAUAGACUGGCCUCGGCAUAAACUAAAACAAGGAACUGAAAAACCAUCAAAACCAGAAUUACUCCUUCUCUCCAGGUCUUAUGGUCCCUUGACUUUUCACUUCAUUCUUCUCUGUAUAUAUCUGUCCAUUAGCUUUCACGGUUUUCCUUGGUUCAGAUGGCCACAUCUAGGACCUAUUUGUCUAUAGCUCCUAGAUCUUUAUGUCCUGAGUUCAAGUGGCCAAUAAAGACACACAGAGUCUGUGACUCUUCAAAUUCUUGGAAAGAAGCUCGUGGGCCUGCGUUUGGGCCAGGUGUCUCCCCUUAAUCAAGUCAUCUCCAGCCAGUGGAUUAGUCUUGCAGUAGAAGCAUGAGUGUGGGUGUAAAUGUGUAAUUCCCAAAGAGGGGCAAUCAUGGUCUGGGUGAACAUCUAGAAUGAUGUCAAUUCCUAGGGUCAGUGAGCUAUUUUCUUUCUUUCAGAAAGCUUGAAUAGAAGUAAAAUAUACAUUUAUCCUUGUUAAGCCUGAAAGGAAUAACCAAAAUACCUGUUUUCUUUGAUCUGGGAUAAAAAUCACAAGUUAGUUUGGUUACUUUGUUCAUCUCAUGCCAGUCAGAAUCUUCUGUAUUUAUAUUUAAUUCAAGAGCAAUUAUUUAAUUAAAAUUAGAAAUCAAAUUAACUGGGGCACCUUGGUGGCUCAGUCAGUUAAGCAUCUGACUUUGGCUCAGGUCAUGAUCUCAUGAUUUGCGAGUUUGAGCCCCAUAUUGGGCUCUCUGUUGUCAGCACAGAGCCUGCUUCAGAUCCUCUGUUCCCUUCUCUGUCUUCCCCUCCCCAGCUCGCACAUGCACAUGUGUGCUUGCUGUUUUAUUUCUCAAAAAUAAAUAAAAAUUUCAAAAAAAAGAAAAGAGAGAACUUAACUAUUCCAAAGUAAAUACAUAUAAUUUGUUAAUUAAAUGGGAUGCUUCAAUUUUAGGGACUAUAGGAGGAAAAUAAUUAGAGGAUCUUGAUGUUGAGAAGCUCAGGAACUUCUGCCUUAGCAGAAGAAAGCCAACUCUAGGUUCUGGAGCUUAUGAAAGAGAGUCAGCAAAAGCAUAAAAUAUGCAGUUAUGCUGCUCUGCUAGAGCAGCCCCUAUGGGGCCAACCUGUUCACAUUGAUUCGUGGAGAACUUCUCCCCUUAUUUUAGUUUUAUAUGCUACAUAACAAACUGCCACAAACAUAGCCACUUAAAACCACACAAACUUGUUACCUCACACUUUCUGUGGGUCAGGAGUCUGUGAGUUAGUUGGGUCUUCUGCUCAGUAUUAGGUGGAAGUCAAGCUGUCAGCCAGGACUGUGAUGUCAUUUGAGUCCUAGGGUCUUCUGCCAAGCUCACAAGUUGUUGGCAGAAUUCAGUUCCUGUAAGACUGAGAGCCUCAGCCCUAGAGUCAGCCCACCCAUUCCUGGCCAUGUGGCCCUCUCCACAAAUAUGGCAAUUUGCUUCUCCAAGGCUAACAGAGAGUGUCUCUACUGCUUCAGAUCUCUUAACUUCAUUUAAAGGUAUCAAGUGAUUAAUAGGUCAGGUCUGCCCAGCACAAUAUCCUUUUCCAUUAACUUAAAGUUAACUCAUUAAGGACCUUAAUUACAUCAUUAUAAUUCCUACACCUUCACCACAUAAUAUAACAUAAUCAAAGAAGAGGCAUUCCAUUAUAUUCAUAGGUCUUGCUCACACCAAAGAGAAGGAUCAUACACUGUGCAUGAACACUCAGGGGCAGAAGUCUUGGGGACCAGCUCAGAAUUCUGCCCACUGAAAUAAAAUGAAGAGGAAAAAGAGUGAGGAUUGAUCUUGGUUCUACCUCUCUCAGGCUUAAAGCCACCAUCCUUUGGCAUAAAGCACAAUUGGGCUGUGGGCCUAAAUAUGUUCAUAAAUGAAAGGAAAGCUCAGUAAUACGAGCAUUUAUAUCUCCUAAGCCUAGUUUUGGAUGUUUAUCUCUUAUACUGGCCUGAUUUAUUUUUGUUAGUUUAUUCGCUUAUUAUACAUAUUUAUAUAACGUGUAUGAUAUUAUAAGGUGAUUUAAAUAUUGGAUAGUCCUUUACCAUCUGCAAAGAGUUUUUCCAAGUCUUCUCAUUUAACCCCAUUUCUCAUGUUAUCUCAUUCCCAUUAAGGGUAUUUUUCCUAAUGCAGGUCUGAGGAUCAGAAAAGCUAGAAUCAUGCAUCCCAGGAUUAUAGAGUCAAUCAGUGACAGAACGAAGACCAAAAGUUGGGUCUUCAUCUCUGAAUUAUGGCCCCCUUCCUUUUCAAUCCUCCUUUGUAUCAUUAGAAUAUGGUGGCUAAAUGUGGAACAUCCUGGGGUGCCCGGGUGGCUCAGUCGGUUGAGCAUCUGACUCUUGAUUUCAGCUCAGAUUAUGAUCCCAGGGUUGUGGGAUCGAGCCCAGCAUAGGGCUCUAUGCUGAGGGUGGAGCCUGCUUGAGAUUCUCUCUCUCUCUUCCUCUGUCCUUCUCCCCUACUCUCACUCUGUCUUGAAUGAAUGAAUGAAUGAAUGAAUGAGGAACAUCCUGACCAAGGACACAUUUAACUGCCCUUAGAAAUGGAUUCCAGCACCACCUCCCAUUGGCACUCAACUGAGCAGAGGUUGAGCACGGUUUCUGUCCCCUUUCUCCAAUCCUCUGUGUCACCUUUGAGAACUAAGCAGACCAGGACUUUGUUUGCCUACCCUGCUUCUACAGGGCAAUGGGCCCCCCGCAUAUCAAUAUGCUGGAUCACAGCCUAAAUUCUGUUGAGCUUCUGAUUGGUCAGUUGAUUUCAUGUAACUCUUUUUAUAUUAGGUUUUCCAGAAAGGAAAACUGCUAUUUAUUACGUUAUGGGGAGGCUGAGAAAGGCAAAGAACUCCUCUUUAUCAGCAAGUACCAUAAGCCAUGAGCUAAAAACAGUACUUUUUACAUAGAUCACUUUUCACAAUUAAAUGUCUUAUAUAUAUUAUCACAUCCAUUUAACGUAUGAGGAAACAGAGAUUCAAAGAGAUUUUGUAUAUAACCUGAAGCCACACAGGUAGCAAAUGGUGCAUUUAGUACUGCAUCUGGGUCUUUAAGCUGCAAAGGCCAUAAACUUGUAUUAUGUCACGUAACCAGCUCAGAUGUCACUGCUGACACAAUCCUUCCCUCUCUUACCACGUGUGCCUCAUGGUUAAUAUUCUCUUCUUGAUAUCAUCAUAGCUUCCAUCCACCCACCCUGCCAUCCUUCCACACAUUUACCCUUCUGUCCUUCCUUCCAUCCAUCCAUCAUCCACUUAUAACAGCUAAUCGGUGUUAAACACCUAUCAUUUGGCCAAUUGCUCAUAUCCUGGAAAAAUGAAGAGCCCCUUCCUCUCUACAUUCCUACCAACUAGUGGAGGGGUUUUGGCAUGUAGUUGGUAUUCUGUAGCUGCCUGUUGACUUAUAAUGCUUCUGCUGAGAAACCUGAAAUUAGCACCCAAAUCAACUUAGUUGAUUUUAACAAAGGAAGUAGAAGGACUGCAGAGUUUUAAACAAUAGGGAUCAUUUAUACAUUCUUUCCAUCCACCUCUCUUACUACUUCUAAUAAGUAGGUAAUAAUAAAAUGCACAUCAGGGUCAUCCAGAGCUGUCUUCUCAGAGGCUUCUCUUGACUCAUCACUCAUCACUGUCACUUUCCCACACAUUUAACAUCAGUGGAGCUUUGACCUUCCCCACCUCAGAGGCCUGAGGCAGUGCUGGGAAGAGCAGGGCCAAUACAGGGCAAGCCUCAUGAACUUCUCAGGCCAGAAUCCUAGGCCUUCUGCUCUACUAGCCCCUGAAGUCACUGAAUAGAAAGGCCUUGCUGGAGGCCUUUACAUUUAACACUAAGGAAUGUUCUCAAUUGUCAAAAUCAUUUUGAAUUUUUAUCCUGGUUUCUCUGAUAUUAGCUGUGCUUGCCAGUUUUGUGUAGCUAUAAUAUGCUUUAUAUGUAUUCAUCCACAUCAUUGAACUUUUAAAAAUCCCUAAUGGUAGGUGCCUGGGUCCCUCAGUCAGUUAAGUGUCUGACUUCAGUUCAGGUCAUGAUCUCACAGUUCAUGAGUUCAAGCCCCGUGUCAGGCUCUGGGCUAACAGCUUCAGAACUCAGAGCCUGGAGCCUGCUUCAGAUUCUGUGUCUCCCUCUCUCUCUGCCCCUCCCCCAUUUACACUCUGUCUCUCCUUCUCUCUCUCUCAAAAAUAAAUAAACAUUAAAAAAAUUUUUUUUAAUCCCUAAUGGUAGAAGAUCAAAGAGAAAAUUCUGUGGCCCAAUUUAGCUUAACUUAGAUUCAAUAAUUAUCCUUUCCUUAGUGUAGCUGUAAAUCUACCUGAAAUAUUAUCAUACACUUUACAUUUCUCCAUAUUAUUCAACAAUAAAUAAUCAACAUGCUGCUGGAGGAUAGAAAUGGAAAAAAGGGGGGCAGGCACCUGGGUGGCUCAGUUGGUUAAGCGUAUGACUCUUGGUUUCAGCUCAGGUCAUGAUCUCACGGUUCAUGGCUUUGAGCCCCACAUCAGGCUACGUGCUGACAGUGUGGAGCCCGCUUGGGAUUCUCUCUCUCCCUCUCUUUCUCUCCCACUCGCUCUCCUUAUCUCUCUCUCAAAAUAAAUAAAUAAACUUAAAAAAAAGAAAUGGAAAAGAAAGACAAGAAUGUGGUAUUUGCAUUUGUUCUUUAAGAAGUAGCCCAGUAGGAAAGUGUAGCAGCCCAGACUCAGAGGUAGACCUGUAUACUGUCUGCUAACUGAGGAGUGAUACCUGAUGAGGUUUACUGGCUUAUUCUCUGUUCAGAUGACAGGCUUCUUCUCUCCAUUAUCAAGACACAGGUAGGACAGAGCCCAAUGUGUUCAGUAGAGAGAAUAUUGCUUCGUUUACCUGAAACAGCUGUCACUGAAGAUUUGGGAGGAGUAGAAGACAUAAUCACACCUGUGUCUUAGGACCAUCACUCUUUAGCAGCAGCGGGUGGGGGGUGGGGGGGACGGCAUGAAGGGGUUGAGAUCUCAAAGGCAACAAGAUUUCAAAAGUGUAGAUGGUAGAAUAUGGGGGCCUAUAUAAUAACAUGGCGGCUGGCAGAACAAAAAUGAGAUAAAUAGGAAGGGCACUGAGGUAAGACAGACCUGGCACCUGACCAAGUAUAGCAUGGGGCGGAGUGAGAAAUCUGGAGGAAGAAGGAUGUGUCUGAGAUGACAUUGAAGAUUCGAACAUGGGUGACUGAGAAGAGGUUGGUUGGAUUCACCAGGACUGGGAACUCCAAGAAGAAGUGACAGGUUGAGGGGAGGAGAAAUGCCGAAUUGCGUUUCAGGCUUGUGGUAUUUGGACUAUCAGUGGAGCACGAGGUUGGUGGUCAGUGGAGCGUGCACGGCCAAGAGUGGUGAUAGAAGAGUCAAUGGAAUCUGUAUAAGAGUAGAAUCCAUCGAGGGGAGUCUGGUGGCUCAGUCGGUUAAGCGUCGGACUUCAGCUCAGGUCAUGAUCUCACGGUCCGUGAGUUCGAGCCCCGCGUCGGGCUCUGUGCUGACGGCUCGGAGCCUGGAGCCUGCUUCGGAUUGUGUGUCUCCCUCUCUCUCUUUUCCUCCCUGCUCAUGCUCUCUAUCUCUAUCUCAAAAAUAAAUAAAUAUUUUUUUUUUUUAAAAAGACUAGAAUCCAUAGAAAGAGAUGAGAUCUCCCAAGAAGAGAACAUGGAAAGGAAAUGAAAAGAGGGGCAAGGAUAGAUCCUAGGAGAGCACUGCCGUUUACAAACCAGGCACAAGAAAAGGGAAAUUUAAGGGAGUCAGGGAAAGAAUGGUCAGAGGCAAGAGAAAGUAGUGAUUUUAAAUACUAAGAAAGGAGGGUGUGGUUGUGUGGGGGAGCCCUCAGUCAAUCCCUACUCUUACCCCAAAGCCAUGCAAAAAAGCAUUGAAAAAAACAAGCCUAUUGUACGAAGUGAAUCACUAUACUAUACACCUGAAACUAAUAUUACACUGUCUAUUAACUAACUGAAAUUUAAAUAAAAACUUUCACAAAAGAAAAAACUUUCACAAAAGAAAAAAAGAAAGAAAAGAACAAGCAAAUAGCAUCCAAAGAACAAGAGAAAGAACUGAGCACUUACCACGUGCUAGGCAUUAUGCUGAGAAUUUUACAAACCUUAUUUCAUUAUGCUAACUGCAGGUUUGAAGUGUGAAAGAGUAGUUAAAUGGCACCAGGGGUUCAAACCCUGGCUCUGCCAUUCACUAGGCCUGUGAGCCUGGAUAAAGUUUCUUUUCUUUAAAUGAGAGCAACUAAUUAUCUCACAAGGAAGCAUGAAUAUCAUGUAAGAUAAUGCAUUUCAAGUUAUAUAGCUUGUCAUGUGUUUACUCAAAUGAGCCCUCAUUAUCAUUUAUUUGAGAUUGCUUUUAUGAUAUCUGUCUCCUCCACAGAAAACCCAACAUGUUUAAAGAUCAUGUCUGCUUUGUUAACAGACUUGUUAUUUGCUAUUCAGUUUUGUUAGCAGGUGAAUACCCUCAGUGUCUGCAUGUUGUAGGCACUCGAUAAAUAUUAGUUGAUUGACUGAACAGUCCCAUUUCAUCCACAUGUCCUCGCCUGUGGAUGUACCUGUUCUCUUUAAAGAAGAAGGGAUCUGGGGCACCUGGGUGGCUCAGUUGGUUAAGCGUCUGACUUCAGCUCAGGUCAUGAUCUUGUGGUCCAUGAGUUCGAGCCCCACAUCGGGCUCUGUGCAGACAGCUCACAGUCUAGAGCCUAUUUCAGAUUCUGUGUCUCCCUCUCUCUCUGCCCCUCCCCUGCUCAUGCUCUGUCUCUCUCUCUGUCUCAGAAAUAAAUAAGCGUUAAAAAAAAUCUUUUUAAAUGAAGGCCAUGGAUUCUCAGACACACACUGGUCCAUUGUGACUGUCCAGGUUUCACAAGAGGAUGUCAUUCUUAAGCACAGCUUAAUUGCCUGUUAAUUAAAAGACACAGAUGUGAGGGGGAAUAGAGAAUUUCUAAUCAAAAGGAAUAAAGUUUCAGUUAAGUAAGAUGAGUAAGCUCGAGAUGUCUGCUGCACCUUGCACCUAUGGUCACUAACACCACAGAGCACACUUAAAUAUUUGUUGGGGGGGUGUAAAUCUCAUCUUUUAUUCUUACCACAAGAAAAUAAAUUUUUAAAAAAUUCUUUCAGAAAAUAUAAAACUAUAAAGGGCGAAUAGGGAUCAGAUAACUGACAAAGGAGAAUUAAUUGACAGUUUAAUAUUUUAUUUUUAUGUCUUCAUAUCUUGAGAGAUAAGAUUGUAAAUAGUAAAAUUAAGAACAGUUACAUGAUUCUUGAAAAUUCAUUAUUGUGGAACUAUGAUGCUCAUCAAGAAGCAUCAUUUUAUAGAUGGAAAAACUAGCUGGCUAUUCAGUCCUGGCUAAUGGAAUGACUAUAUUCUCUUACAUACUUGAGUGCAUGUGGUAUUAUUUGCUCACACAGAAAAAAAAAUUAUAUUCUACUGAUGUAUUAAUAAAAUAGCAGCUAAUAGUUAUUGAGUACCUGCUAAGUGGUUUUGCUAUACUAUAUCAUAUAGUUCUUAUACCAUUCCAAUGAGAACUCAUUUCUCAUGUGAGGAAACUAAGGCAUAGACGGGUUAUAUAAUUGGUUCAAAGUCCUACAGUAGUAAUUAGCGGAUUUGGGGUUUGAACCUAUGUGUCUUAAUCACUAUAAUGUAAGGAACUUGUACACUAUCAGACAAGUAUCCAAUAAAAUCAUGUUUUAUUGAAGGAUUUUUUUACUACAAUCCAUAGUAAGAAACACAUUUCACACUGUAUUAUACAUACUUCCUCUGCCUAUAUGUUAUACACUAGUUUCACAUAAAAACAUUUGCUCUUACUGUGUGUGAAACUCUGAUAUAUUCAAUUCUGUUCUUUUUCACUAAAAGAAUUCUAAUUGAACUCCAAAAUUGUGUACACUUAUUUCAUAGUCCAUUAAUGGUUUGAGACCUGUAGUCUGGAAAACCACCAUAAUAAGGGGACAUAUUAAGAUUCAAUAAUACUAAAUGAAGAUAACAACUAGGGAUACCAUUUAUUAAGCAUCUACUAUGUACCAAAGUACUGUUGUUGAUAUUUAUGUAUAAUAUCCUCAGUUCUCAUUGUAGCCUUGAAAAGUAACUCAAUAUUUUUUCCGACAAGAACUGGGAUGUGGAGAAGUUAAGAGAUUUGUUCUACAGAGAUGAGCCUGAUUAAAGACUUCUUCUGCUAAUCUAAUAAUAACAUUUAAAUAUUACUUAACAAUUAAAUUAGUAAACAAUUUAAACAAUUAAAUCAGUAAAAAAAAACAAAAACAAAAAGACACAGCUCUGUACUUCACUAGGAGGUUACUUACUAGAAAAUAGUAUCCAAUUCACUGCUACCCAAUAGUUUUUCAAAACCUAAGAGAGGGGCACCUGGGUGGCUCAGUUGGUGAAGCCUCCAACUCUUGAUUUGGGCUCAGGUCAUGAUCUUUGAUUCAUGAGUUUGAGCCCUGCAUCAGGCUCUGCAUUGACACUGUGGAGCCUGCUUGGGAUUCUCUCUUUCUCCCUCUUUCUCUGCCCCUCCCUUGCUCACCCCAUCUCUUUCUCUCUCUCUCAAAAAAUAAACUAGAAAAAAAAUUUUUUUAACCUGAGCGAAACAAUACCUAGGAAGGAGUGCUUGAAGAAUAUAGUCUGUGCCUUCUGCCAAGUCAGACACUUCCCUGAAUACUUACUGUAUAGUUCUCAUGCUAAAGUAUUAUUAGCCCCAUUUUACAAAUGGAGAAACUGAAGCACAAGAAUUUAAGUCCCAUGCCUAGUAAGCAGCAGAGUGAGUUUCCAACCCAGGAAACCUGGCCCACGCUCUUAGCCUUUCAUUGUGCUGUGUCUCUCAAGUUCUACCUAGACUGAGUCAUAAUACCCACCACCUCCAUUCUACCCCACAAUAUUGUUUUUGUGCAUUUUGCUUCGAUGCUACAUCAUCAGCCUAUGCUAAGACUUGAUGUGUGGUCCCAUAUUAAAAACAAACAGCACUGGGGCGCCUGGGUGGCUCAGUCAAUUAAGCGUUGGACUUCAGCUCAGGUCAGGAUCUCACAGUUCGUGGGUGUGAGCCCCACGUUGGGCUCUGUGCUGACCGCUCAGAGCCUGGAGCCUGCUUUGGUGUCUGUGUCUGCCUCUCUCUCUCUGCCCCUCCCCUGCUCCUCUCCCUCCCUCUCUCUCUCUUUCUCAAAAAUAGAUAAACGUUAAAAAAAAAAAAAAAACACCAUCAUCCUCAGCAUUGAAUCACUGUUUAUCACAACACACCCUUUAUGAGAACCCAGGACGAAUUCCAGCCCAGUUACUACAUCAGAAAGAUUCUAUUUCCUUUAAACAUUGGUUGGCUUUUAUCUUACAGAUACUGUGAAAUGUGUAACAGACCCGCAUUUCCUUAUUGUGCUGUUAGGCAACUUAUACUCAAGGAUGAAAUUCCUGUCUCUGAAAUUCCUGUCUACUUCCUUUCUUCUGUUCCACCUUCUCACUGAUGCUUGCACACUUCAUUUGAUGGAUGUUGAUGAAACUCCUUUUUGGAACAGAGAAUACAUAAACGUGUGUCCCAUUGCAUAUUUAUGAGUUAGUUAUUAACUUUCCUGCAGAUGAGGAAACUGACACUAGGAAGCCUUUGAAGAAAGGACUCAAGUGUGCAGCACAUAGUUUGCCCCUUGAUGUCAUGCCACCUUAAACUCGUGACCUCAUUUUCCCCUGGCCGCUUAAGGUUGUGUGGAAAGAUGCAUCAUAUUUACAGUCAUCAUCCUGGGUUCGCCCCUGUGAGUUGUGUGACCUUAUACAAUUCACGCAAUCUCUCUGUGCCUCUGUUUCCUCACCUGCAAGAUGGAAAUAAUAACAUGCCUACCACACAGGGUGGCUGGGCAGAAGGAGUUAAUUUAUGUGACAUUCUUAGAGCCGUUCCUGGGACAUAUGCAUCAUAUAUAUCAUCACCCUUCCCAUCACCAUCUCCUCCCCUUCCUUCUUGGCUCUUGCCUCUGUUAUUUGUGGGGAACUUCCAUCCCCUCUCACAGGAUCACACCUACAUUUAGAGGUGCCCUGGAGGUCUCACAAGGGCUCAAGACCGGUUUUGUCACGUUUCCCCUCCAGCGUACUACCUCAGGUCCCACUUCCAUUCACGCCACCUGCGGGUUUCCCACCCCAGCCCUGUGUGCCGCUAGUGACACCUGUGUCUGGCUUGCUCUCUCUUAAUAUGAAACACAUGUGAGUCCUUAAAGUGUACUCUUUCCUGGGGUCCUAAGACAUUGGUUCUGCAUCGCAACCCUGCAGAAUCCUAUCAUCUAAGCUCUGAUGCAGUGUUCCUUCUGCUGAGUUUCCUUUAUCCCCUCUCUCUUUGGAAUUGCACAUAUGUCCAUGGGGCUUAGUCAAAACCAAUCCCCUAAACAGACACCAUGCUGCCCUGUCCAUCCCCUUGUGCUCUUUUCUCCAGGCCUCAGCCCUUUACCUACUCCUCUGCCGACUCCCUCCCUACCAGCUCACCAGGCACAGGCAGCCAUGUGCAAACCCCACCUUGGGAUUAGCUGACCCCCUCCUACAGAUCUAUAGACCAUUGUCUGUUUCCUGUGUUGGUGAGCACUCCCCAGCUGGAUCACAAACUCCUUGACGUUAGAGAGCAUGUCUGAGAAUUCUGCACCUUCACAGCACUUAGUUCGGGAUUGAACAUAGGGGCGGCUCCCACAAACAGUUGUGGGUUGACUGAUUAAUUUGCAGUAGUCUUGAUAGGUCGUGGCAAAACCAGAAUGAGAAACCUCUUUGGAGAGGGAAACAUUUGUUGCCUCUGGUGGAGUGACCUAGCACCUCAGUUAGUUUAGGACUAUCUUGGUUUUAGCACUGAAAGGUCCCAUGCACCCUGAGACCCCUCAAUCCUGGGCAAACUGAGAUGGUUGGUCACCUAGACUAGGCUUCCCCAGUUUCAGAUAUGCCCAAACACUCUAGACCAGAUACCAGCCCUCUCAUUGUCCAACCUCACAUGUCUGCCUACAUGCUCCUACACAACAGACACACUCACAUUCACUCACUCUCAUGAGUCAUACCAUCAUUACCUGAUCCCCCACUGCUUUUUUUUUAAGUUUAUUUAUUUAUUUUGAGGUGGGGCAGAGAGAAAAGCAAAGAGAGACAAUCCCAGGCAGGCUCCACACUGUCAGCACAGAGCCCAGUGCAAGGCUUGAACCCGUGAACCGCGAGAUCAUGACCUGAGCCGAAGUCAGACACUGACUGAGCCACCCAGGCACCCCAUGUUCCCCCACUCUUGCGGCCUGUAUCAGGUCAUGUAAACUAGUGGUCCACAAUUGCCCCAGACUUAACAGACCAAAGGAAAAUGUACUGUCAUCUCAGCCUUUCCCCCCAGCUUUGUGACCUUCCCCAUUACCAUUCUUUCCAAUAAUCACUUUUCUCUAAUCAGCAGAGGAUAGAAACACAGGUCUCUCAACGCUGAGAGGCAGAAUUUCAGAUAUUGCUGUCUUCUGCCUUCUGAAUCCUUGCGGAUGGGUCAGGAUUUGAUGCGUUUUCGAAUAUCGGAUUGUCAUUCUUGGGAACUGAAGCUGAGGAAAACCCCUGGUACAUGAACUCCUUCCCCCCACAGCCAUAAUUGCGCCUUUCACACUGAUAUCAGCCCUCCACCAGCUCUUGGGUCCAGCACAGCCUCACCAUCUGCUCAUGUGACACCAACAUUAUGGCCUCCCUCCAUGCAUCCCUAAAUGGGGCUGGAGAAGGCAACAGAGAUGGUGAGCGUGCCAGCUGGCACCAGUGACACAAACCUAGACAGCGAUGAAUCACAGCCCAGGACAGAGAGGAAGAAGGGAGGAUGCUGAUGGCUAAUUGUGCACCGUCAUCAGAGCUGCAAGGCGGACCUCUCUGUUCACGGAAGCAGAACCAGCACGGCAUUUCUGUUCCUGCAGUAAAUGCAAAGCUUCUUUUUGAUAUGUGGUCAUGAGAGAAUGUUCAAUAGAAAGGAAACCUAGAAAUCAAGAUCUGAAUUGUUCUGUUUUUGCUUCUGUGCAUCUCUAACUGGCAUAACUGGGGACUCUCCAGGGAGUCUGGGGAUUACUUGAAAAUGACAGGCAGGGGUUUCUGGCUGGUCAGGGAGUCGGAGCAGAGUAAACAGACUUAUGCUGAUAGGUCCGUUCUGUCCAGGAGGCUCCAAAGUUCCCACCUACCUCUACUCCCCUGAGCCUCCCAGGUUCUCUGUUCUUUACUUUAUGCCCUGCAAUUACCUGAUUUGUGCAUUAAUUCAGUUCUCUCUGAAUGUUGCUUCCAGGAUUUAUUGGCGAGGCAGUUAUUCAAGGUUUGUUCUAUAGAUUUCAAAUUUGGGCAUAUUGACCUUAGCUUUUUUGUUGUUGUCAUUAUUGUUGAUUUUGAUGUAUUUGAAGUUAGGACAGUCUAUGUUCUAAAAGUUUCUAUUCUACGUUUUUCUAAUGAGUCGUUUUACCUACGUAUGUUUUUGCUUUUGUUUACUUCACUUUCAUCUUGACCUUUUUCAAAUGGAGGUGGUAGCACAAAGGCACCCAGUAAAAUAGGACACUUGUCCUCAAUAGAGGGGGCUAGCUGCCAUUUUUAAUUUGUUUUAUCCAAAAGCUCCCAUAGAUCCUGCCUGUUCUCCAAGCAGUUAUUCCCCAAGGGCUGAUGAAGCCAAGAGACAGAAAUAUGUUUCCAGCCACAUGGAGGAUAUACAAAGAAAUCCCAGAUCAGGCCUGUGCAGGAGGCACAGGUAGCCCUGGAGGUAAAGUCCCAACACUGUUGCAAUCAUAGUGUGUUCUCAGCUCCAGAACAUUCAGGUCAGCUGGCUAGGUUCCUUCCCAUCAGGUCAUCUCAGUUGACCAGUGAAGCACAAAAGAGAAACUUCAUGGCCUUGACUUCAUAAACUAGCAGCCAACAGGAACACCUGUUAGCAAGGGCAGCUUUGGAGUACCUCUCUCUCACUCUUACGGGAAACAAACUAAUCCAAAUCUCUCUGUGGCUAAAGAGAAAAGAAACAAAGUGCUGAAACAGCAGAGAUGGCUGGCCUGAGCACUGGUGAUUUACAUGUGGUGCCAAGAAAUAACUUCAGGUGCAGAGAAACACACAGGAGUGUCCAGAGAUUACUAGAUGGUCAGAAGUUGUGACAGCAGGUCCCCUGGGGAAGAGGGACAGAAAAUGCCAGAUGGUAAAAUAUCAUUCAUAUACAACCAGAGAGAAGUCGUGUAUGAAGGACAACAAACGGAAAGUAUGAUCUACGACCUACCUGAAGGUAAAGGAAGGUGGCAAUGGAUGAGGCCAAAAGGUAAAAGACCUUUAUAGCAGAAUGGAUAGGAGUUUCUGAAUGCUUUCAGCUACAAGAAGGAGAAACUGCAGAAAUAAUUUCCCGGAAGUAGAGGCUGUGCCUGGUUUCAGAGAGUGGGCAGAGUGUAAGGCUUCUCUGCUAUGUUGUGGCUAAAGAAAUGGAUAUGAAAUAGCUUGUCAUCAUGGCUGGGACAGUGCUGCUUGCCUACUACUUCGAAUGCACUGACACUUUUCAGGUGCAUAUCCAAGGAUUCUUCUGUCAGGACGGAGACUUAAUGAAGCCUUACCCGGGGACAGAAGAGGAAAGCUUCAUCACCCCUCUGGUGCUCUAUUGUGUGCUGGCUGCCACUCCGACUGCUAUUAUUUUUAUUGGUGAGAUAUCCAUGUAUUUCAUAAAGUCAACCAGAGAAUCUCUAAUUGCCCAGGAGAAAACAAUCCUGACCGGAGAAUGCUGUUACCUGAACCCCUUACUCCGAAGGAUCAUAAGAUUCAUAGGGGUAUUUGCCUUCGGACUUUUUGCUACUGACAUUUUUGUAAACGCCGGACAGGUGGUCACGGGGCACCUAACCCCAUACUUCCUGACAGUGUGCAAGCCGAACUACACCAGUACAGACUGCCGAGCACACCACCAGUUCAUAAACAAUGGCAACAUUUGUACCGGGGACAUGGAAGUGAUAGAAAAGGCUCGGAGGUCCUUUCCCUCCAAACAUGCCGCUCUGAGCAUUUAUUCCGCCUUAUAUGCCACGAUGUACAUCACAAGCACAAUCAAGACAAAGAGCAGUCGGCUGGCUAAACCAGUGCUGUGCCUUGGGACCCUCUGCACAGCCUUCCUGACAGGCCUUAAUCGGGUCUCUGAGUAUCGGAACCACUGCUCCGACGUGAUUGCGGGCUUCAUCCUGGGCACUGCUGUAGCCCUGUUUCUGGGAAUGUGUGUGGUCCAUAACUUUAAAGGAACACAAGGAUCUCCUUCCAAAUCCAAACCCGAGGAUCCCCGUGGAGUGCCCCUAAUGGCUUUCCCAAGGAUAGAAAGCCCUCUGGAAACCUUAAGCGCACAGAAUCACUCUGCCUCCAUGACCGAAGUCACCUGAGACAGCUGAUGUGUCACAAGCUGUUUUUUUUUUAUCACCCUCCAAUUCGAUACUUCAAGACACACAGUUACUUGAUGUCAAACUGUGAAGACAAGUAUUAUGUUUAUCUAGUUAGAAGCUAAUGUUUUGUACAUUUUUUUGUAUGAGGAAGUGAUGUAGCUUGCCCUGAUUUUUUUUGUCAGCUUUAAUAUAUUUAUGCCAGAAUUUUACACCAACAAAACUUUCUUCUUGUUCCAGUGCGCAUUGAAGAACCACAUUGAUUCAAUGAUUGAUGUUGUUUUGUGAUAUUUGUACACAGACCUUCUUUUCUCAGUUUUAUAGGCACGGAAAUAAAAUUAAUGUAACAAUUCACCUUACCCCUUUAUUACUGCACUUGCUGCCUCCUCCAGAGCUUUUAAAGUUUAAUGAAAAUUAACUUUUGAGUUGCAGGGAGGGCAAUGUUGGUUAAUGGUAAAUCUCAAAAUCAGUUGGGCAGAAAGAAACAUUCCUUUCACAAAGAACUUUGUGUUCUUGUCUCUUAACCUGUUUUGUAUUCUAAGUUAAAGUACUAUAUUAGUGAAGUCACUUACUUACAUAAAAAAGUGGCAGAGACUCCUGGAUUUGAGGGCUAUUGGGGUUAUAUGGUUCUCUCCUAGAUAAAGUCUUCUCCCAUCUAAAAAAAACUCAAAAUCUUUCUGGAAUCAUGUCCUUGCACUGGGAGGUAACACUGCAGACCUCUUUCCAAAAAGAAACCAGUACCAGUCUCCCCUGUCAACUCAACAGUUUUGUAUAUCAUAUUGUAUGGACUUUCUAUGAAAAUGAAUAUUUUACAGUUUGCACAGUAUUAUUUUACAGAAAGGGUAUCGGAGCAUCUACAACCUAGAGCCGCAGAGCAACAGCUUGGCUUUGUGGCUUUUAAUUGUUCUAGAAUUUUAACUGCAUCUCAUUUUUCUAGCAUGGUAAUAACUAACGUGUAACUCCUUUCAGAGAAGGAACUCCCUUGUCUGGACCUAUCAGAAUGUUUUCUUGACACUUUCAUGUUGGCUCUUAGCUUUUUUUUUUGUACUUUUUUUUUUUUUUUUUUUUUUUUCUAAAGAGAAGAAAAAAAAGUUAUCACAAAAUGUA